AUGGCUCCGCCACCUGCGGUGCCGGAAGCGGACCACCAGGACGACGACGACGGCAUCCCGGAAGGGACCGGGGUAGACCUGAGAGUGGAGGUACGUAGGCUCAAGGCCAGGAAUACCGCCCCAGGACCCGAUGGCUUGCCUGGCAAAGCCUGGGUCCUGGCCUCGGAGGCUCUCGGGCCCCGACUGGAGAGGCUCCUAAGCGCAUGCUUGGAGAGAGGCCAAUUCCCGCUUCGUUGGAAGACGGGGAAGCUGGUCCUCAUUCGGAAGCCGGGGCGCCCUGCGGACUCUCCGUCCGCAUACCGGCCCGUGGUGCUGCUCGACGAGGUGGGCAAGCUCUUUGAAAGAGUCAUUGCAAACCGCCUCGCCGAGCACCUUGCGGGGACGGGGCCGGAUCUUGCGGAACACCAGUUUGGUUUCCGCAAGAGGCGCUCUACGGUGGACGCCAUCAUGCGCGUGAAAGCCCUCACGACGGGGGAUGCAGUGGCCAGGGGGGGGGUUGUUUUGGCGGUGUCUCUCGACAUCGCCAAGGCCUUCAACUCCAUGCCCUGGAGCUGCAUUAGGGAGGCACUCCGGUAA